UAUGUCUGCGUGUUCUGUGUUGAUUAAUGGGUGAGCUUUCCCUUAUGAUAAUCUCAGCUAGUUCUGGGUUUCAGUAUCGGCAUUCUCAUCAGCCUUUAUAUGAUGUGACUAGAACAUGUGCAAGUGUGUGUAAUGUUAGCUUAGUUUCCAUGUGGGUGCCUAAUAGGAUUAGAUUGAAGGCUAAAUCCAUGUCUGUGCCAAACAUGGUGCUUAGUGUCCAAUCUGGGUUGGUUUGUGAGAGACAAGAAGAUAAACAAGGAUAUAAAGCUUGUUUGGUUGAGCAGGUAUUGCCUCCAUGGGGAGAUUUGGCAAUUGACAAGGACCCGGUGCACCCGGAUAUUGAGCCUGAGGUUGCCAUCAGGCCGGAGCUGAGUUUAAAUAGGAAGGAAGUGUUGAAUGUAGAUAGGGUAAGUUUUUUAGAGGAGGUGGAUGAGGAGACAUUGUCAAAGAGGAUUUUGGUGUUGAGUAGAACUAAUAAAUUUCGGAGUGCGUUGGAGCUGUUUACUUCCAUGGAGUUAUCAGGUCUUGUUUCUAGUUUACAUGCGUGUAAUUCACUGUUAUCAUGUCUGUUGAGAAAUGGGUUUCUUGAUAAUGGUCUGAGGGUGUUUGAGUUUAUGAAGAGAAAGAAGUUAACCACGGGGCAUAGUUAUAGCUUGAUACUUAAGGCAGUUUCGGAUGCUCAUGGCUGCGACUCAGCCAUUGAAAUGUUUAGGGAAAUGGAAAAGGAGAGUGGAGUGAAGGAUGGUUUUGAUACUAUUGUCUAUAACACAAUGAUAUCGGUCUGUGGUAAAGUGAACAAUUGGCGUGAAACUGAGAGAUUGUGGAGAGAUAUCAAGGAGAAUGGGCAUACUGGAACACGAGUUACUUAUUGCCUCUUGGUUAGCAUAUUUGUUCGGUGUGGUGAGCAUGAGCUAGCUCUUGAUGCUUACAAUGAGAUGAUUGAAAACAAGUUUGAACCUGGGAUUGAUACAAUGCAAGCUAUGGUUGGUGCUUGCUCGAAGGAAGGAAAUUGGGAUCUUGCACUGAAUAUCUUUCAGGAUAUGUUGGACAGUGGGCUCAAGCCAAAUGCAAUUGCAUUCAAUGCAUUAAUAAAUUCGCUUGGAAAGGCUGCCGAGGUUGAACUAGCAUUUAGGGUGUAUAAUAUCAUGAAAUCUAUGGGUCAUUCACCUGAUCCUUACACAUGGAAGGCAUUACUCAAUGCACUGUAUAGGGCAAAUCGACAUGACGAUGCUAUUAAGCUGUUUGAGAGCAUCAAGAGAAGUCAGCGCUCUCAAUUGAACUCACACUUGUACAAUAUGGCUUUAAUGUCUUGCUCAAAGCUUGGGCUAUGGGAUAAAUCUCUGCAGCUUUUGUGGCAAUUAGAAGCUUCUGAAUUGUCAGUUUCAACAGCAUCUUAUAACCUUGUAAUCAGUGCUUGUGAGAUGGCAAGGAAGCCUGAAGUGGCAUUGCAAGUGUAUGGGCACAUGGUUCACCAGAAGUGCACCCCAGACACAUUUACUCAUCUGUCUCUAAUAAGGAGUUGCGUUUGGGGUUCUUUCUGGGAGGAAGUUGAGGAAAUCCUGAAUCACGCAGCACCAGAUGCAUCUCUUUAUAACGCUGCCAUUCAAGGAAUGAGCUUUCAAGGCAAAACCGAAUUAGCAAAGAAGCUUUACACAAAUAUGCGUGAGAAUGGCCUGCAACCAGAUGGCAAAACACGCGCCGUUAUGCUGCAAAACUUAAGAAGACCAAGAAAGACACAGCUUUCUCGUUACAGAACAAGAAGGAGCAAGCUUUCCCCUAAUCGCCGUUACUAACAUCAGUGAAACAAACCUGACAAAACUAGAUAGUAUAUUGUUUAUCUGUAGAUGACUUGAACCUCCCUGUUGUACCCUUGUAAUCUAUAGCAGAUACAUUACGUGGUUCAUGCUACCACUAUACAUACAGUACUCAUUCA